AUGGGAGUCAAUAUCAAGAAUCCUUCCCAUGCCUUAUCGAUUCCCCAGAACCCGAGACCGGUGGUGCUUUGCCCUCAAUGGCUCUUCCAAGGUCCGGGAGAUGCUCAAGACCGAACAGCAUCCCGCUCCGCUCCGCCCUGGUCCCCGGCGGAGCGCCGUGGGGUCGGAACAAAAGGUCAUCGUCCCCGGCGCGGAGGAGAACAAGGAAGCUAUCCCCGGCGGGGGAGUCCUUGCCUCCUGAAGCGCCGUAAGCGAAGCGAGAACAGUAGCUCCACCACCAAACACCCCUGGACCCCUGAACGGACCCCUAAAUUCAAAUGGGAAAAAUAG